ACCUUCUCCUCUUUCGACUCUGAAGCUACCAUUGACCUUUGGGGUUCGUUCUCUUGCUCCUUCUAUAUACCAAGAGACGAGUCCCUGUGUUUGCAUUCAUCAUCAUGGUCUCUGGCAGAGAAAACACCACACUCCCUUCUCAUGUGGUCGCAAAUGGACACGCUCCACUUGAUUCUGGCCAUGCCCGUCUUCGAGAACUCGGUUACAAACAAGAGCUCAAGCGUGAUCUCUCGGUGAUAUCAAAUUUCGCGUUUUCGUUUUCAAUUAUAUCAGUGCUGACGGGAGUGACGACCCUUUACAACACAGGGUUGAAUUAUGGUGGACCUAUUUCAUUCGUGUAUGGGUGGUUCAUAGCUUCUGCAUUCACCAUGAUUGUUGCGCUCUCAAUGGCUGAAAUUUGUUCAUCAUAUCCAACUUCUGGGGGGCUUUACUAUUGGAGUGCCAAACUUGCUGGACCUGGUUGGGCACCCUUUGCUUCCUGGAUUACUGGCUGGUUCAACAUUGUUGGCCAGUGGGCAGUGACAACAAGUGUAGAUUUUUCACUUGCAGAACUAAUUCAGGUUAUUAUUCUCCUUAGUACUGGUGGGGCAAAUGGUGGUGGAUAUAUGGCAUCUAAAUAUGUAGUUAUUGCUUUUCAUGGAGGUAUUUUGUUCCUCCACGGUAUAAUAAACAGCCUUCCUAUCUCAUUGUUAUCAUUCUUAGGACAGUUGGCUGCUAUCUGGAAUGUUAUAGGUGUUUUUGUACUUAUGAUUGUGAUUCCAUGUGUUGCAACGGAAAGGGCCAGUGCCAAGUUUGUUUUCACUCAUUUCAAUACUGAAAAUGGGGAUGGAAUCAGCAGCAGACCCUACAUAUUUCUCUUGGGACUUUUAAUGAGUCAGUACACCCUAACUGGGUUUGAUGCAUCAGCUCAUAUGACAGAGGAAACAAAAGAUGCAGAUAGAAAUGGACCCAAAGGAAUUAUCAGUGCUGUUGGGAUAUCCAUUAUCGUUGGAUGGGGAUACAUACUAGGCAUUACCUUUGCAGUUACUGACAUCCCUUACCUUUUGAGUGAAAAUAAUGAUGCUGGUGGGUAUGCCAUUGCUGAAAUAUUUUAUCUUGCAUUCAAGAAAAGAUAUGGCCAUGGAGCUGGGGGUAUUCUUUGCUUAGUAAUUGUUGCUGUUGCCAUAUUUUUCUGUGGUAUGAGUUCAGUUACAAGCAAUUCAAGGAUGGCUUAUGCUUUCUCAAGAGAUGGGGCCAUGCCAUUGUCAUCAUUGUGGCACAAAGUUAACAAGCAAGAGGUUCCCAUAUAUGCAGUUUGGCUUUCCGUUUGUGUAUCAUUUUGCAUGGCCUUAACGUCUCUUGGAAGCAUAGUGGCAUUUGAGGCCAUGGUGUCCAUAGCAACGAUUGGUCUCUAUAUUGCUUAUGCGUUACCUAUAUUCUUUAGGGUAACCCUGGCACAGAAGCAUUUUGUCCCUGGGCCUUUCAAUUUGGGCCGAUACGGAGUCAUUGUGGGCUGGGUUGCUGUUCUUUGGGUUCUGACCAUCUCCAUCCUCUUCUCAUUGCCUGUUUCAUACCCAAUAACCAUAGAGACACUUAACUACACCCCUGUGGCCGUUGGAUGUUUGCUAAUUCUUGUAGUUUCUUACUGGAUAAUCAGUGGUCGGCUUUGGUUUAAAGGCCCAAUAACCAAUAUAUAAAAUAGAAGUUGUGUAACUUUUAUUGGAUCCAACUCGGUUUGAAUAUGAUUAUUUUU